CACAGAACUAACACUGCGUUCAACGGUUGCCUGUUGGUUAGUGGGAGUGUGUCAAUCUUCAUGCAGUGAUGGAUGAAAUCACAUCAAAUGAUCCUGGAGAAGGCGAAGGCGGAGGGACGUUAGUUUGCGCUGGCUGUUUAAAUGCCAUCGAUGAGGAUGAAUUUGUUCAGGCGUUAAACCAGGAAUGGCAUAUCGAUUGCUUUCGGUGUUCUGCUUGCGAUGCUUCCCUGUCUUCUUGGUAUUUUGAGAAAGAUGGACUCUUAUUUUGUAAAGAAGACUAUUGGGCUGCAUAUGGAGAAGCCUGUCAGGGUUGCGGCCACAUCAUUACGGGACCAGUAAUGUUGGCCGGAGAUCACAAAUUUCAUCCAGAAUGUUUUGCUUGCAAUUUCUGUGGUACCUUUAUUGGAGAUGGAGAGAGUUAUGCUCUUGUCGAGAGGUCUAAACUUUAUUGUGGCAUCUGUUACAAGAGACAAAUGCAGCCUCUCAACAAAACGGCAAAUUAUCCAUUCAUCAGAAAACCACACAGUAUAAGACUGGUAGAGAUUCCUCCCAACACCACUGAUCCUGAAAAAGAAAGAGGAAUUAAACUCACUUUGGAUACGACCCCCAGUCCACGAAGCGGAGGCAGUGCAUUACUGCGCAUUUCGGAGUUAAUAAGAAAUGUUCGUGGAAAGAUCAGUAAGCUGGUGGCCUCCGUGAUGGAGGUUCUGUUUAGGCUAUGCUGCCACUUCUCUAAUCAUAGAUUAAACAUGUCCAAUGAUCUUAUGUCUCUGCAUAUCGGAGACAGAAUCCUGGAAGUAAAUGGGACACCUGUCAAGGAGCAACCUAUAGAAAACAUCGAACAUCUAAUUAGAUAUUCAGAUACCGUUCUGCAGUUAACGAUAGAACACGAUCCGGACGCAGUGUCACGACGACCUUCGUUUCCAAGUGCCUCUUCAUCUAUGUUGACAACUACCGUGAGUCCAAGAACGAGUCCAGACGGCAAAGAAAGAUUAUUCAAACGUCGUGAUGAAGGUUAUAUCAGCGGAACAAGAAGUAGACAGCUGCGAAGGACCAGGGAUCCUGCGAACAAAGAGCGUAGCAGUUCCAUGUCCCGAUUACUCGAUGGUUCUUCGCCAACAAACACAUGCGACUUGAGUCGUACCAGGUCAUUCCGAGUGGAACCGAAGAACCAAAGGAUCUUCCGAGCCAGUGAUUUGGUAAAGGGAGAACUUCUGGGCAAAGGUUUUUUCGGUCAAGUAUAUAAAGUGACACAUCGGGACACAAAUGAGGUUAUGGUCUUGAAAGAGUUGUAUAGGGUAGACGAAGAGGCUCAGAAAAACUUUUUGAAAGAGGUGGCGGUUUUGAGGUCAUUACAUCACAAUAAUGUGCUUCGAUUCAUCGGUGUGCUUUACAAGGAUAAGAAGCUUCAUCUCGUUACCGAAUAUAUAUCCGGAGGUACAUUGAGAGCUUUGCUUCACGAUACCAAUGAGCUUCUCCCCUGGGAACAGCGCACAUCGUUCGCAAAAGAUAUCGCCGCUGGCAUGGCUUAUCUGCAUUCCAUGAAUAUUAUCCACCGAGACUUAAAUUCCCACAAUUGUUUGGUACGAGAAGACAAGACUGUGGUGGUCGCAGACUUCGGUCUAGCUAGGAUAAUCCAAAGCGGAAAUUCCCCCGACAAGCGACCCUGCAGCAGGCAUUCAGAGGGUGAAACUCGAAACUCGAAGAAAGAACGGAAGAAACGAUACACCGUUGUCGGAAAUCCAUACUGGAUGGCUCCAGAGAUGAUGAAGGGCAACAAGUACGAUGAGAAGGUGGACAUCUUCAGCUUCGGAAUAGUCGUAUGCGAGAUCAUAGGUCGCGUUCAAGCUGACCCUGAUUACCUGCCUCGGUCCUCGGACUUCGGCUUGAACCAGAACGUUUUCAGAGAGAAGUUCUGCACGAACUGCCCGGAAACCUUUUAUAGGAUUGCGUUUCUGUGCUGCGACUUGAAUCCGGAUAAGAGACCACCGUUCGAAGUCAUCGAAGUCUGGCUGGAAGGCCUGGCGAUGCAUUUGUCAGUGGGUGCGCCUUUACCGCCUGAUCUGGAACAUGAUAUUAAACAUUACACAGGACCGAGUCCGAAUAGCAGCGAGUCCACGACACCGGAGACUUUGGCUCCACAGCUUAAGCCGAUAAAGGAGGGUCAAGUACAUCAGGAAAAGAAGCGUUUUUGUGGUUGCGAUGACAGCACUCUAGAACGCGAACCGAGCCCCGUUAAUGACCUCAAGAAAUCACCGGAAGCGAUGAGUAACUUGGGGAGGUAUUCCAGGCAAAGCAGCAAAUCGAGUGAAAACUCAGGCUUAAGGUAUUCUAGGCAAAAUUCGAAGCCAAAAGAUGUGUCGGGGGAUAAGGAGAAACCCAGUCUUGUCAUCAGCGUUGAUCCUAGCGGGUUCAGUGGGCGAUAUUUGAGACAGAACAGUAAUAAAUCAAAGGACUCGUCACCCGUUGAAACGGCGAAUGUCUACCUUGACAAGCAGAAGAGUAGCCUAGCUAACGGGAAAACGAAGCUUUCGGGGGAAACUUUGGACAGUAUUUCGAACAAGAAAUCGGAAGUGAUUCCUAAAGACAUAAACGAACUAAAGGGAAUGCCCAUCUCGAUACCUGUUGUUGAAAAAAUGAGAUAUGUUGGACAGUGUAAUCCGUCAGCUGAUUUUGAAGGUUCUUCAAAGUCUCACUCAAUGGACAAUAAAACGUCGUACACAGUCAAUACUUGUUCUAGUUCAGAUGCGGAGAAGUCAAGAGUGCCUGCUCGCAAUUUAGUAGAAGCCGUGGCUAAUGAAAUUAAGUUAGAUAUGUUUAAACUACCGGCCGAUGCGGGGCAUAUUGUUAGCUCGUAUUUGAGGCAAAUCGGCAAGUCAAAGUCGGAUAAGGAGAGCAAGCCUAUUUCUAGGCGCAAUAGCUCAAAUUCUGUGACCGAUGCUGGUAAAGGUAGCUCCGAGGGAACCAAGUCUUCUUCGGGGUCAUACCUUAGGAGAACUAAGAUAUCUCCUACGAAGGAACAAUCCAAGAAUGCAUUCUCCAAUCCAAAUACCAGCUCUUCGAACAACAAUUCUUUAGAUGUUGCCUCUCGAUCGAUGCAAUCAACACAAACUAACCCUCCUGAGAUUUCGACAAAUAAAGACUUUAAGGAUAAUAAAGUUAUUCAAUUUACUAGGCAAGAUAGUACAGCUUCUAGUAUUGGUAGCAUAUUGUCGAGGCAAGGAAGCUUUGCUACGAUUAGCAGUACACUGAGGAAGAAUAAGGAUAAGGUGUUCGAUGAAUACUCACUGUAUAGUUCCUUAAAGAAGGAUCUCGACAGACAAGACAGUUUUGGUUCUGAUGCUAGUACCUUGAAGAGAACUGAUCUUUACCAUACGGAUAGUUUCUGUUCAAACGACAGCACCCUGAAGAAAGAUGAAUUGUCCAGGUUCGCAGGAAUCGAUUCGGAUUUAGUUGGCACUGAAUCGACACUAGACAGCGAACAGAGCCAUAGGAUACGUAACAACAAUGAUAAUGAGAAACCAAACAACGAAUCAAGACCCGAUGCUACGUGUAUUUUUAACAGUGCUUUCGUUGUACAGCCCAGCUCUUUAGUGGAUUUCACCGAGUGCUAUAAAAACGUGGAUUUGUGCAGGCAAGACAGUUUUGGCUCUGACAGUGCAGUGGGGACAAUGAAAAGCGACUUCUUUGCUAACCUAGAUCUUCAUAAACUGAGAGAUGAAGUUGCUGAUACGGAAAUGUGUUGUGCUUUGGAGCGAUGCUGUACUCCUAACCGACCUGUCACACCAGUGGAGAGCACAACUUUGUAAAAAUAUCAAAAGAUGGUAACGACUUACUACUUGCAAGAUUAAAAACUAAAUUACUGUUCACCUGUAAGUAGUCACACGAAUAUGGUUCGAUUUACAAAUCAUUCCUUUGAAGAAUUUUUAAAUUAUAAAGGUUUGGAGGAAUUUCUCUGAAGCUUCAAUGAGAGGCUCUCGCAUCAGUGUGCUAUAACUAUGACAUAAACUGGUAACCGAUGGUACUAGUAGAGCUCAUAUGGAUAUGGAUGUACAGUGUAGUCAAUUGGAACUGCAAAUUUGAUCUCAUAAUGUUGUACCUAAGGAUGAAAAUGCCACGGUUAUUUUAUGAGUCGAACCCCUUGUUUAGUGAUCAUACACCUUAUUUACAAAUUAUUCAUUCAGUAUUAAAGGUAGGGCCUUUGAUAUUGUUAAAUCCUACAGCAAUUUCCCAUUUUGCUAUAAUUUUAUCAUUGUGCGCUUUGAUUUUACCUCGAUUGAAAACAACUAUAUGUGUAAUCAUGUUUGUAUCCCAUCACAGGAAGGUAUUUGCAUGUUACUUGUCAGUAAUCGUGCAAGGAUGUUAACAGGCAGGAAAAAGCCAAGUUACUGAUAAAAAAAGUCUGAUUUAUUUAUCGAAGGACCAACAGAGUGAUGUGAAGAGGUUGGAUAAAUUGAUAAAUAGGUACUUUUGGUCAAAUUUCAAAGAAUCUCUUGACCGAUUUCUUGAGUUGAUAUUUCUUAAAUGAAGUGCAUGCAUCGGCUAAAAAUACAGGGAGAGCAGAGUGGAUUAUUCCUCGGUAACAAGCACAUUCCUUAAUUAUCUUGCCUCUAGAUUAACGUUCAAGUAAAAUGCAAUACACAGCGCAUACAGAAUUCGGUGUGUCCUGUUUGAAAAAAACAUUCCAUCCAAGAUAACUCCUGAAACCAGAAGAAGUUCACGACGAAUGUCGACUAUUGACGAGAUGUAUGUUCUAAAGCUUAAUGUAAUGGUAUACAAAGCAGACUGAAACACUCAAUCACCUUUAUUGGUGAAACGAAACCGUGUAAAAUUACGUCAGAAAAAGCUGAUAGUUUAACUACCUACAAAACUAAAGCAGUUUACAGUGAAAUCCACCGUGUUUAAUAAUCAGAUGAUUAGAACAAAGAAUUAUAGCGAUUUCUUUGGAUAUUCACUGGAAGAUCACACUCAUGCGUUAUUGAAUAUGCCUAAAGGCGAUAGAACCUACUGUUGCAUAUGUAAAUCAUGGUGUAAAAUAUUGAAUACUCCAAAAACAACACUUGUACAUAGACAGGGCAUUCUUAUGUUUAGAUUCACUAUUUUUAUCCUUGUUAACAUAUCAAUUUAUAAUCUUGCCGCUGUACAGUUGUAAAUUGUACCUCCUGUAAAACUGUAUGUAUUCGCACUUUAUUUUAUAUUUGUAAUAGUAGUAGUAGUAGAUGAAAAAAAUAUAAAGGACAGAGCAAUUAGACCAGUUCUCUGUCCAAUUAAGAACUAUUUGUUACUGUUUUUACACGAAUUAAUAGAAGUAUUCUCAUUAAAAUUCAUAUAAUUAAAAUUAUAGAAGUUCAGGUUUAUUAGGCAGUAAGGAAAAAUUCUGUGGCGAAAGUAUUAUUUCACUCAAACUUUAUAUAUCCAUCGAUAAUAAAUGCAUCUUCAACGAUAACAAGUCUGCGCAUUGAACAAUUCUAAAUAGGCAUCUACAUGUAUACCGUUAAAUUUCAAGCAUUUACAUGUAAUCAUUACUAAAUGGUCAUACUAAAAUGUUAAUAAUCCCUUAUUUGUUGUACAUACCUGCUGGAUAAAAUAAUGAUAUGUGAGAAACGGUGCAUAUAUAUUAUAAAAAAAGGAUACUAAACUCUUGUCGCAAUUUAUAUGUAAUUCAGUAAUUAAUACCGACAACGAAGAAUUAACAAUGGUGGCCAAAAAUGAGGAAUGACAUGUACGAAGCAUUCAUUAAUUUAUAUAUAUAUAUAUAUAUAUAUAUACAUAAGAAUGUACAUAGCUUAUAAUUAAUCACACCUUCGGAACGCCGGUUUCAGAAUAAUCGUACUACCAUGCGUCUUCACUGGUGAAGCAAACAGAAUCAAAUAUAUUAUUAAUUUUGUUAUAUUUUCAUAAUAGAGUCGUCUAUUCAUUCUCAUUUUAAUCGCUACGUUCUUAAAUGGGAAAUAAUUUGGAGCGUCUCCGAGAGAAAGAAUGUUAAUUGCAGGACGAGCCGCUGGCUUUCACACCGCACGGUUUAACCCCCAGAGAAAUAUAUUUUUUAAUUCAUAUCUUUAUCAGUACACGUAGACUAGACAUUUCUUUGUAUCGACAUUGCGAAUCUCUAGUGACGGAUCUUUAAAAUUACUUAACGGAUCUACGCAUUUUCUUGUAGCAAAAAAAAAUACUAAACCGAAUGACAUUAUUCUGCAGUUGAAUGAACGCCUGCGACUAUCAGAUUUGCGACGAAAAAUGUACUUAAUUGCGAAAUCGAUCGAAUAUACUUCUUUAUACGAAUGCGAUUUUCUGGUAUAACGUUUGGAAAGGGCACGACGCCAUAAAAUAAUGUUUUAUUACAGGGCUUUUAUAAGCCAUGUUUCCUUAAGAUGAUGUGAAAGUGGAGUCAAAAGGGUUAAAGUUUAUGAAUCAUUUCUCCAAACUGGGUAUACCGAAUCGAUUCAAACUUGACAAUAUAAAUAUGGAGAUUAUAAGAAAA